GGCUCAGGAUAAGUACAGUUCAACCGUGCUAUUCCGGCACGGCACCGCGUUAGUCCAGCACUCCAUCCAGCCUCGGCCCGUGCUGCCAGCCAGUACCACUCGAUCGCCACAGCUUCGUUAUUCACUUCAGUGCUGUCUCGUCAUGGCGCUCGGUGGUCUGUUCGGCACGGCGGCGGUGGCCGUGGUCGUGUCGCUGGCGGUCCACGUCGCGCUCAACUGCCCCAUCCAGCCGCUCCCGUCGCCGCGGCCGCCACCGCCCGCCGCGCGCUACCGGCCUAAUAACCUCCUCCAGGGGCUGGAGAAGCUGGGGGGAGGGCAGCUGAGCGCGCCGGAGGACGUGUACGUGGACGCGGCGGCGGGAGGGACGCUGUACACGGCGACGAGGGACGGGUGGCUGCAGAGGAUGCACCCCAACGGGUCGUGGGAGCAGUGGCGGUUCGUCGGCGGCACGGGCCUGCUCGGCAUCGCGCCCUCCGCCGACGGCAGCGUGCUCGUCUGCGACGCCGACAAGGGACUGCUGCGAGUUGAGGAGGGCCGUGUGACCAUCCUCGCCUCAACGGUCGAAGGCUCCACGAUCAGGUUCGCCGACGAGGCGAUCGAGGCAUCGGACGGCACGGUGUACUUCAGCGACGCCAGCACCAGGUUCGGCUUCGACCGGUGGUUCCAUGCCUACGUCGAGUCCCAACCCACCGGCCGCCUCCUCAAGUACGACCCGCGCACCGGCAAGGCGUCCGUCGCGCUCGACAACCUCUCCUUCGCCAACGGCGUCGCCCUGUCACGGGACGAGGCCUUCGUCAUCGUCUGCGAGACAGGGAGGUUCAAAUGCACGAGGCUGUGGCUGAAGGGGGACAACACCGGCCAGGCGGAGACGUUCGUCGGCGACCUUCCGGGGUCUCCGGAUAACAUCCAGCUAGCGCCAGACGGCUCCUUCUGGAUCGCCCUUAUCCAGAGGUCGCCGUGGCUGGACCUGGUCAUGCGCUGGACGUUCACGAAGAGGGUCGUCGCCUCGUUCCCGGCGCUGCUCGACGCGGUCCACGCCACGGGGAAGGGGGCGAUGGUGGCGCAGGUGUCGGAGGACGGCGAGGUCCUCCGCGUGCUCGACGACACAGAAGGGAAGGUGAUCAACUUCAUCACUUCAGUGACGGAGUUCAACGGAGACCUCUUCUUCGGGAGCCUCGCGACGAACUUCGUGGGCAAGCUAUCUCUGGCCAAGGUAGCACAGGCACAGGGACAGGCGGCGGCUUCUUCCUAGUUCCUAGACGGUGAAGUUUCAUCAUCCAUCGCCCUCAGAAUAAUAAAAGUCAUCGGGAAUCUCAAUCUCACUGUAGAUGACAGAUUCAGCACUGUGUCAUGCACUGCUUCAGGCAUCUCCAAAAGUUUGUGUGUUAGCUUAUUGGUAAAAUAUGUCAUGUCAUCAACCAACAUCUUAACAUACAACAACUGUAUGUAGUUUGUCCAAUAGGAUGUAAGAUAAUAAAUAAGGUGCUCUCUCAUUCUA